GUCUUGGGACUGAUUUAUCCCAAGGGCCCAAGACACUUGAUUACUGUCCACGUUGAAGUCACCUGCAGUUCCAGAUCCACAGUGACAGACCACCUGCUGCCCUGCUACUGCCUGACCAGGUGCACCUGGGUCUACUGACACACAGAGCCCUCUAAAAUUAGAGCCUUCCGGAUCCAUCUUUUCUUGUAGAGUUUGCUUUCAACUUUAAGGUGUUCCAAAACGAACCGGAGGACAAGGAGGCUUACAAGAGGAGAACUGCUUGGCACAAAGCAGAUGGACCACAUGUCUCCUAGGCUGAGAGCCUUCCUCUCUGAACCCAUUGGGGAGAAGGAUGUGGCCUGGGUGGACGGAGUCAGUCGGGAGCUUGCCAUCAAUUUGGUCACCAAAGGUUUCAACAAGGCCUACAUCCUGCUGGGACAGUUCCUUCUGAUGCACAAGAAUGAGGCAGAAUUCCAGAGGUGGAUGAUCUGCUGUUGUGGUGCCACGGAGUACGAAGCCCGCCAGAGCUCCACCUGCCUGAAGGAGUGGUGUGCCUGCUUCCUGUAAACACCCUGGCCUGGCUGCUCUACCCCAGAUAAAUGAUACCAUCACCAUCUACA